UUUGGGUAAGCCAGAAAUAAUUCUGACAACAUAGGAUUAGGGAGAGAUUAAUUACUUAAUCAAAUUUAGGGUGAAAUUACAAGAAAGUCCAACCGAUAGUGUCCGUAUCGUGCGGCAUUAUUCAGCAAUCUUUUUCAGUCCGUUGUACUGACAUAAAAAUGAGUGAUCGUUGCCUUGUCCUCGAUCUCUUCGCCUUUCCUAUCUUCUGCUUCUUUCCAUAACCAAAAUUUGCUGUAAAAUCUUGUUUUUUUUUUCUUUCACUAACCAAAACCCAUAUUUCGAAACAAGAAAACAAGUGUUCUUUGGUAUAUACAAACAGUGUCAUUUAAAUCUUCGAGACCCACAUGCAGAUUAUUCGUCUUGUAUACUUCUUGUUCAUUUUGUGCUCAGUUUUUGAGUUCAAUAAGAGAUUUCUGGGCUGUUUCUUGGAUUUUGUUUUCAUGGAUUGUGUUGAAUCCCUGAAGCAUUUGAGUCUGAAUGCUGAUUUGGGAUUUGGGUUUCUGGUGUUUGGUUGGUUUGGGCAAGUGUACAAAGUUUUGGGGUUGUUCUUGUUGUUUGGUUUGGGAUUGAGGGUCUUGCAAUUUAGUUGGUAUUUUUGUGGAAAAUCAGGUGAAUUGAGAAAUGGGUGUUGCACAAAAAAUGAUUUUGAUGGGAAGUGUAAUGCAAAAAUGAAGUCUUGCAAGUCUGGAUUGUUAAGAUUGUUGAUGAAUUCGAAUUUAGAAGAAACCAGGAAUGGUGGUUUGUUGGCCAGUGAUAAAGUGAAAUGUGUUUCAGAUGAGGAACUGGAUGAUGAGAAGUAUGAGUAUGAACAAGAGUAUUAUGAUGAAGACAAAGUGUUUGAUGUUUUGUCACUGAGAAAAAUGGUUAAGGUCGAAAGGCGCAGAGCAAAUGCUGCUCGUUUGGAACUUGAUAAGGAGAGAAUGGCUGCUGCUACAGCAACUGAGGAAACAAUGGCAAUGAUUUUGCGGUUACAGAAUGAGAAGAGUUUAGUUGAAAUGGAAGCAAAUCAAUAUAAAAGGUUGGCUGAGGAGAAGCAACUACAUGACCAAGAAGUGAUCCAAUCAUUACAAUGGCUUGUACUUCAGCAUGAAUCAGAGAGAAGUAUCUUGGAAGACCAACUCAAAUCAUGUAGUGAAAAGUUGAAGCCUUUUGGGAAAAAGGAUUAUGAAAGGGACCACUCAGAAGUAGCUGAGGAGAAUUAUAGUUCUCUCAACACCAAUCUUGAUGAUGCUUUUCAUUAUACCCUCUUUAGCUCUCUUGACAUGGAUUUGUCAGCAGAGUAAGUUUUUUUAUUACUUGGGAAAACACUAAAUACUGUACAUUUGCCUCCCUUUCAUUGCAGACCAGGAACUGUUUGGCAUUGAGAUUGUGCAUCAACUUGUCCAGCUGUAACCAACAUCAAGAAAUGGUCCAUACACCACAACUUGCCCUAUGAUUGUUCUUUGACAGUUUUACUUGAAUCUCUAGCAACUAAUUGGUCCUUGCACAGUUCAAGGUAGAGUGACAGAAACUAGCUCCUCCUUGUGUAGUGGAAUUAUGUUCAAUUUUUACUUGUAAAUACAAUGGUAGUAUAAAUGUAGCAACUCAAUUCUUAUCAAGAAAUAAACUGUUAUCUUUUGCCAAGUGUUGCAUGAAUAAUGUUAACAAGAUUUUACUGUUUAUGUU